AUGCCAAAGAAGCACUCCAAGAUUGCCUCCCUCGCCUACUCUGACUCGGAAAAUGAGGACAAUGAUUCGGUGGAGGAUGGCGAGAUUGACGACGACGAUGAGGAGGGCGAGGUACACGAUGAGGAAGAUAGCCAACUGAGGACCACGGAGCACAACUCGAACAGCAACGACUCAAACAGUCGAGGCGACAGGGCCGCCGCCGAGGAGCCCUUCUUCGAGGACAUUUACGGCGACCAGGACCUGACCAUCGCCGACUACCACCGCUCGCUGUUUGGCAAGCGGCCAGAGGAGGUGACCAUGCCACCGCCCACCCGACGUCGUCCACCGGAGGAGCUGCAGCGACGCAUCGAGCGCUACUACGAGAAGGUCCGCCUCGGCUCCGACCUGAACCGGUCGAUCCAGGCGCGGAAGGACCUGCGCAACCCGAGCAUCUACGAGAAGAUGAUCUCCUACUGUCAGAUCAACGAGAUGGACACCAACUACCCGAAGGAGCUGUACGACGCCACGCCCUACCUGGGCGCUGCCUCCUACUACGAGGAGCUGUCGCGGCUGCAGGUGGAGAUGAUGGAGAAGCGAAACCAGGGCGGUGCCGCGGGGGCGGCUGCUGCUGCUGUUGCUGCUGCAUCAGUGGCCGGCAAAGCGCCCGAUGCCGGCAGCUCGGAGCAGCAGAACAAGAAGAGCAAGUGGGACUCGGGUCCUGCGGUGGCCAAGUCUGCCGCCGUGGCCGCCGCCCUCUCCAAGGCGCAGACACUCGCCUCGAAGGCGAGCCAGAAGAAGCCCACCGUGGUCACCGCUUUCGGGACGAUCAACAAGCGCAAGUAA